CAUUUGGAUCAGAAGGAGUGAAGUCUACGAUGAGAAAGGUAGCAGUUUGCGGGACGUAGAGGCAGAGCCAGGACCGUGUCUGUUUUUCCAAAGGAGCGUGGGAAUUCUGCAGGUGUAUUCCACACUUUGUUUUUACCUCGUCAGCCUGUUUAGCUUAAGACAUACUUGAAGAUGCAAAGAUCAGAGGUUGGAGAGAGCCUGUGUUAAGUGAAGCAUCACACUCAGACGUAAAUGAUGAGGCUGCUUAUGUUUGCGGCGCUGCUUGUGACGGUACACUGCAAGGAACUAUUUAAGGGGCAUCAGGUGCUCCAGAUCAUUCCAAAGAAUGACGCUCAACUGGCUUUUCUCAAAGACCUGGAGGACGUAUUAGAAUUUGAGCUGGACUUCUGGAAGGGAGUGACGGCUGUGUCAUGUCCUGUGCAUGUCAGAGCACCUUUCCAAUUCCUGCAGCUUCUCAAACGUAUGCUGAAGAGAAAGGACAUCAGUUAUGUCACCAUGAUUGAUGACUUGCAGGCAGUACUGGAUGAGGAGCAGAAAGAAAUUGAGUUGUUUGCUCGUUCCCUAAAACCUAAGAACACAGACAGUUUCAACUACUCCAGGUACCACAAACUCAGUGAGAUCUACAGUUUCCAGGACAUGUUGGUGGCUGAGAACCCCAACCUGGUCAGCAAAAUAGUGAUAGGUCAAAGCUAUGAAGCCCGCCCUCUCAGUGUACUUAAGUUCAGCACUGGAGGAACCAAUCGUCGUGCAAUCUGGAUCGACACAGGAAUCCAUGCCAGGGAGUGGAUCACACAGGCAAGCGGCAUCUGGUUUGCAAAGAAGAUUGUGACUGAUUAUGGACGUGAUCCCAUUCUCACUGACAUCCUCAACGGCAUGGAUAUACUCUUGGAAAUCGUGACCAACCCUGAUGGAUAUGAAUAUACACACAGCACUAAUCGAUUGUGGCGCAAGAGUAGGAAGCCCAACCCCAGAUCAAACUGUAUUGGGGUUGAUCUCAACAGAAACUGGGAUUCUGGUUUUGGAGGACCCGGCGCCAGCAGCAAUCCCUGCUCAGAGACUUAUCAUGGACCCAGAGCUCACUCUGAGUCUGAGGUCAAGUCCAUCGUAGACUUUGUGAAGACACAUGGUAACAUCAAGGCUUUUAUCUCCAUCCACGCCUAUUCUCAGUUGCUCCUGUACCCUUAUGGCCACACCAGAAACCCUGCAAAGGACCAGACUGAACUGGACAGUUUGGCUCAAAAGGCUGUCAAAGACCUGGCCUCUUUGUACGGUACUCGCUACAGAUAUGGGAGCAUCAUCAGCACCAUUUACCAAGCCAGUGGUGGCAGCAUUGACUGGGCCUACGACCAAGGCAUCAAGUACUCCUACACCUUUGAGCUGAGGGAUACCGGUCGCCACGGCUUCCUCCUGCCUUCCAGCCAGAUCAUUCCUACUUCUGAGGAGACUUGGCUGGCUUUGGAGGCCAUCAUGGAUCGUACUCUCAAAGACCCGUUCUGAUGUGUGCAUUUGUGAAUCCAAAUAUUAAAAUCUUGUGAAAAACGUUGGCGUUUUCUUUAAUUGAAAUUGUACCAUUAAAUAUUCUUUUUUACUGUGUUCUGUGCUAAUUUUUGAGUUAGUUAGAAACAUAAAUAAAUGAAUAAAUAAAAUGUCCAUACUGUUGUUUCUCCACAUUUUGUUUUCUACUUUGGUUUCGUCAAAGUUUUGGGGCUGACUUGAAGCAGUGAUUGUUUGAUGUGUUGCUCAAAAUUCCAAAUAACUACUUAACAGUAUUUUUUGAGCCCCAACUGCCCAAAAAAUAAAGAAUGUUUAAAAAUCUUCCAA